ACUGGCUUCAGCAGAUUCUUAAGAUGAAUUCGUAGCAACGCUAGCUCGGAUUGCUGACUCUGUACUACCCACAAGAGCAGCGCUCGCAAUUCUUAUCCCGAUGGCGCAAAAUUGUACAAUAGCAUCUCUUCAGCGUGAAAUAGGCCUCAGAGAUCACUUCAUCAUCCCCUGAGAUCGCUUCGUUUUUCUAGUGAUGAAAUGAGGACGAGAUUUUGUCAAAUUAUCUACCUUACAAUCGGUUUCAGUUUCGUCUUUCCAUCGGCAUGGAGUAGAUGAAGCUAUGAACUUACUCGGAGGUCCAGAUCCCGUGGCCUGUAUUCCCGUCUCGAGAGCAUGAAACAGCCUCCAGGUUGCUCUGCUCACAGCUGCAUUUGUUCAAUGCCACUCGUCCGCUAUAAUGCGUAUAGCAAGAGUUUAGUAACUUCAACUGUCAGUAUCUCACUGGACAGGUUGGGCGAAGUUGAUCUCGCAAUUCAGGAGAAGAAUCUUGCAGAAGCUGAUUCAUUCAAGUCUCACGAAAAGGCUCCGUUCGACGAUCAUGUAAGAAGACGGGUGAUCAAAUGGAGAAUCAAGUUUACAGUGUGUACUAUGAGAGACAUUGGAGGCUGAUGGACAACCCGUGAAAGGAAUGGAGUGGAUUUUGUUGGAUUUCGAUGACAGGUGAAAUGUGCUUCUUCCUAUUCUCUCAUGAAGAAGGCUUUCGUAUGGCCUCAAUGAUUCAGACUGGAGUUUAUACCUCAGUUUCAUGUGCAGGUUGGAGAUCAAAGGAAUCUCCGAGAUUGUAAGUCUCUUGUCAUUCCUACGGGCAUGACUGAAUGCUAAUGAUUUUCAGAGCGUUUCAGGUCAGCACAAUAAUUCAAGCAUAGUUCAUAUUCUGGGAAGAAUAUCAAGAGCACACAUAUAUGAUAAAAAUUCAACAAUCCUCUCUUGAGUUUCUGUAAGAAGGUGGGUUACAGAGUUGAACAUGUAAAUGUAUGAAAAUUAGAACUUUUUCCAUGGAAACAGCUGCUUAAUGUAUCCACAAUCGAAGACAGUUUUGCUAGAAGAUUCUGUGUCCAAAGUCUUCUUCGAAAGGUUCUUUUGGGCAUUGAUCGUGCACCAGAUGUAGUCUUCAAGCUCAAUGACUCAGACAAAACCUUGGUCAAAUUUCAAUUAC